UGGUAAGCACUGGAUAACAACCCUAAAGAACUUGAUGUUUAUGUUUGUUUAGCAGAAAAGGUGUGAUAAAGUAGGUGUUAAGGAAAAGCCGGAGAUUCAAAGAUCAAAGAAGAGAAAGCGAUCAAGGUCUCGAAAAUAAAAAGCCAGAAGGAUGUUUUCAUCAAUUUAUUUCCUUCUGAUGCUGUUCUUCUACAGAAAAACCUAAAAAUAAAAAUAAAAGGACCAUUCCUGCGAAAGAGACGGUGUUUAGCCAAAUGGCUAAGACUAACUCAAUUGCGGAGUACACUAAUAAUAAAAAUUCUUUACACUUACACAAGACCGAGCAUACAAGUGUAAGGAGUGAGAUCAACAAGAGAUUGAGCACUGUAGGGAGAAGAAACAGGCUUAACUCCAAUGAUAAAUAAAUCUAACAGUGAUAUUCUCCGGAACAAACUCGGCACAAGUAGUGAUCAAUAUUUCGACAUGAAUGAUGACAAAAGCAAGACUUGAGUGAAAAAACCCAAUGUGAAGAAGUACUUCGGGUUUCAAGAAGAAAUCGACGAGUGAGAAGAAUUCAAAGAGAGUAAUGACAAAACUUCAUCAAUGAUCAUGGAUAGUGAGCAUCUAGAGUCUGUAGCUCCUCUUCCUUCCAAAAAAUCUAAUAACAAAAGCCCUAACUCUAGUAAACCUAAGAUGGCUACAAUUGUUCGUCGAAAGACUGUUCAAUUUAAUGAUGAAACAACUAUUAUUAAGGUUCCGAGUGGACAACAAGGAUCGCAAAAGCCAACCGUGAAAACUACCUCUCGCUCAGUUGAACUUCGAAAGAGCGAGACAGUUAAGCUUUUCCCAACGAUCGGUAAACAUGAAGAAGCAAUUGAUGAAAUACAGAAACUAAAGAACAAAGCUGGUCGCAGAAGAUCUUUCCAAUGCUCUCUUCCUUUCGGACAAAAGAAAAAGUCUAUAGAUACAAAAUUCCAAGAGCUUGGUGGUAUUGAUGAGAGAAGUAUCUAUCAUACACAGGCAAAUCAGACUGAGAAGGAUAAAACAGCAGUGGAGCAGUAUAUGCAUCCAGACCUAUUCUAGCCCUCUUAUUAAAGUUCUAAAUCAUCUA